AUGAGUUUUAUUAUUUUUAUUAUAUAUACAGUCUAUUGUUCAGAGAGCACAGGGCUCAGAAUUGAUUUAAAUAUUGAAAUCCCUUUGUUGGAGAAUCAAUAUGUCAUUUUUCACUCAAACUUAUAUAAAUCAGGAGCAAGUCAAGAAAUUCAACCCCAAAAAAAACUAUUAGCUAAUUUGGUAUUUUUUAGAUUAAGAUAGAAAAACAAUUCAUAAGGAGUUUACUCUUAGAAAUUUGAUUUUCUUGAACUGAAUAACUCAUAAGAUAUAUCAUGUUACCAAUAGAAUGUUAUGAUCCUCUAAGAUGUUUAAAGUUGCACAUAAAAUUGCACACUACAGUCAAUCUAAAAUCAAAUCCUGGGAGCAAGCACUGUUAGCUAAAAUAUUACAGAUUCAUCUUACUUUAUAGUCGAUAAUACAUAAUUGCCAUGCGUUAAUGGAACUUUUUUUAAAUUACUUGUUCCAUGGGUGACGGUCUAAGUAUUAUUUACCUUUUAAGAUUCUUCUUAUUUGAUUGGGACUAUUAUUAUUGUCCUAUUGGUCACUAUUAUUACUAUUUAAAUCAUGUCAAUAAUUGUGCUGUAUUAUAAAUUGCGAAAAUAUAAGAAAAAAAUGAAACGAUCUUAAGACAAGAACAUUGCCAAAAGAAACAAUAUUAUGAGAAGUGACUAUCAAGAAAAUGUUGAAGAUCAAUCCAUAUCACUCUAAGAAUUGAAGAGCUAAUAGAAUUCUUAUUUCUAAAAUUGA